GUCAAAGUGUUUUCAGGCAUAUUAUUAAUAUUAUUUCCCCACAGAAAUCUUACAUAUGUUGAAUUAGACCGAAUCAAAUAUUUGUAUUCCCCCACUCUUCCUGACAACCGGAAGUGAGCUCGUCUCGAAGAGAAAAGCGUUGCGGUUGUGUCGUGCCGUCACUAAUCUGCGUUUCCAUGGUUGGCAGACGUUCUACCUAAAGUAAUAUCUGUUUUACUUAAAAUACACUUUAGCUGUAGUCGCUGCAUAGUUUACACUGCACAUAAACCCAACAACAUGGGAGCGACAAAUUGAAGUCAUUAAUUGAAGAGUGAGUUCAAGAGUUACGUACUCGGACGGUACAAUGGACUAUAAACGAAAAAAGAAGAUGACAUACUUCACAAUUGGACUGAUCUUUCUUCUAAGUGGUAUCGAAUAUGCUGUGAUCUUACCCACGAUAUGGAGGUACCUGCAGACUCUGGGGGCAGCGCCUUACUUCCUGGGUCUGGGCCUAUCAGCAUUCAGCCUGACUGGUCUCCUCUCGGGUCCUCUGUUUGGCCACUUGUCCGACAAGACGCACACCACCAAGAAGAUAAUCCUGUUUGCAAACCUCUUUGAGAUUGUCGGUAACUUCAUGUAUUUCAUGGGCUACUCCAAAUGGCUUUUGCUCUCCAGCAGACUAGUGGCAGGUAUUGGUACAGGUGCGGGUUCGUCCAUCUUUGGCUUCCUGACCCGAAGCACAGCCCCCGAGGACCGCUCCACCGUGUUCGCAGCGGUCAUGGCGUGCCGACAGGCUGGCCUACUGAUUGGUCCCGCAUUCAACCUCUUCCUGAGGCUUUGUGACUUCCAGUUGGGGCCGUUCGUGGUGAACAAGUACACUGCACCUGGGCUUUUUAUGUGCUUGCUGUGGACCCUCCUCCAGCUGGCCGUGGUCUUCAUGUACUGGGACAUCCCUCCCCAGGAGGAGCCAGUGGGGGAGGGAGACAGGGAGGUGGGGGAUGGAGAGGAGGAGGAGGAGGAAGAAGAGGGGAAGCCUCUGAUCGGGCCGCGCCACGACAUCCUGGGGUCCUACGGCUCGGUGGUGACCCCUGAACCUCCUAGGUCAACUGCUGACCCGGCCAUCUCCAAUGUCAACCUGCCUCCCCUCUCUCCUCCCCCCUCGCCCCCGCCCGGAGAGGAGGGUGACUCUAGCCAUGUGAAGAGCUUCAGCAUGAGCCGAGAGUUCCUGAGGGAAGAGGUGGUUGUGCUGUUGACGGCUCAGUUCAUCACACUGUUUAACCAGACAGCACUGGAGACCAUGGUGACCCCAUUAACCCAGCAGUACUUUAACUUCGGGGAGCUGGAGAACAGCAUCAUGUACUGCAUCUGUAGUGUGGAGGUGAUCGCAGGCUUCCUGUUUGUUCGCUGGCUGAGCCGCCGCACGGCCGAGAGGGUGGUGCUGGCCGUGGGUCUCAUCCUCUGCAACAUCUCCUGCGUAUGGUGCCUCAUCUUCCUGGCCAACCCACAGGGUACUCCCCCCUGGCAGUUAGCAGAGUUCAUCAUCGGGGUGUUCCUGCAGGUUUUGGGGCUCCCCUUCGUAGCUGUGGCCCAGGUGUCUCUCUUCUCCAAAAUCACUUCGGAAAAGACUCAAGGGUUCAGCCAAGGGGUGCGUCGCUCCGUUGGGGGUCUGGCCACCAUCUUCGGCCCCCUAUGGGCGGGGGGUCUGACGGGGAACCUUUACGUCAUGCUGGGGCUGAUGAUGGUUCUACUGGCUCUGCUCACUAUCAUGAUGUUCUUCUCCUAUGAGCGCCUGGUGGAGCCUGCUGUGGUGGAACAUGCAGAGAGCUCAGAGGAUUGUGGGGAAUGAACAAGCGGGCUUCUGCAGAAACUAGUGGUGUGCGAGGUGGGGGCCCUUAUCCUUUGUUUACUGUGGUGUUACUGAAGACAAGAGCCUGAAGCUAUCCCGGUCCCAGAUCUUUUUGCUCUUAACACCAUUGCUGUCGUUGUUAAGCCAAACAUGUUUGCCCUGACAAUUGUACACGGUGACAAGGAGUUGGCUUGAUGGCACAAACAGACUGGCUCUCUGGCUACUAAAUAGCCGGAGAGAGAGAGAACAUGUUUCUGAAAAUCACACUAUUUCCACAGAUUGAGGGCGAGGGGAAAUACUUGAUCACUACUGACUGUAAUGACUUUAUAAGAAUGGAAUCAUGUUUAACUAUUUGUAUAAGUUGUACUGUUCUGGUGGUCUUACGACUUAGCUGUAAAGAUGAAUAUGGCUCAAUUGUAAUCCACUACAUAUUCUUUUUGCAAUUGAGAUUUAGUAUUUAUUUUGUAAGCACCUUACCUGUUCUAUAACCACUUAGUUAAUGAAUUAGUGUUCCCUUCUUAGAGCAUAGCCUUUUUCUCCGGCAUUGUCUCAUUUUGUAAAGAAUAUGCUAAAUAAAUGUUAUAACCACCUUUU